CUCCCGCCCGUCACCAUGACAACAGUCGUGGCGGAUGGGGAGAGAGGGGGAGCAUGCGGAGCUGAGAGACAGGUGUUGCUGGGGGUUUGCGCAUCGUCCGUCCGCAAACCCUUGCGGCAGGAUGGGAGCCAAGUUGAUGCCAGCGCCAGUGCGCCACAGCUCCACACGUGUUGUGCAGUCGGGUUUCUCCAAACGCGGAUUCUAGAUCGUUUCAAGAGACUCUAACUUAGUGAACGAACGCCGCCAUGGUGCACCACUCGGGCUCCAUCCAGUCCUUCAAGCAGCAGAAAGGUAUGCACACCAGCAUCAGCGAGAUCCUGAAGGAGAAGAGCCUAAAACCAUCUCGUCGUAGCCUGCCCUGCUUGGCCCAAAGUCAGACCCACCCAAUCAACCUCAACCUCUUCCUGUCUGUUCCUCUGAGCCCAGACCCUAAACCAGAGAUUGAGGGCCUGAGCCAGAGCAUCAGCACGUCCUGCAGCAUCCUCCCCCCUCAAGCAGAUGGCAGACAAAACCAUGUAGAAGAGACUGAAGUGAGAACAUGUGAAACAAGAGCAGACCAGCCCUUCCUACUACAAAAGCCAAUCAGUCGAGCUAAAUUUGGAGCCCGCACAGUUUCUCUACAGGAAAAAGAUCCGUCAAACUCUUCUGGCCUCUUUUUCCGAGAUGGGAAAAAGAGAAUCGAUUACAUCCUGGUUUACAAAAAGUCCAGUCCACAGGUGGAGAAGAGGUGCACAUUUGAGAAGAAUUUGAGAGCUGAGGGUCUCAUGCUGGAGAAAGAGCACUCCCUGACAAACAACGACAUCAUGCUUGUGAAAGUUCAUGCUUCCUGGGAUACACUUUGCAAAUAUGCAGAGCGGAUGAACAUCAGAAUGCCUUUCAGAAAAAAAUGCUACUUUUCAGACAAGAGAAGCAAAGGCCUUGGCAGCAGGUUUCAUCUAAGAUGUCAACAGAUAAAGAACUGGUUUCCCAAAAAUCCCAUGAAGCUGGACAAAGAGGCCCUGCCCGACCUGGAGGAAAGUGACUGCUACACAGCUCCCUUCAGCAGAGCGCGCAUGCAUCAUUUCACUAUCAGCAAUAGAGAAACAUUCUUCUCAAACUCGACCAGAAGCAGAAUAGUUCAUCAUGUCCUGCAGCGCACCAAGUAUGAAGAUGGAAAAUCUAAGAUGGGCAUCAACCGUUUACUGGGUAACAACACAUAUGAGGCCGCAUUUCCUCCACAUGAGGGCGGUUACAAAAGUCGGCAUCCCAUUAAAACUCAUGGUCCUCAGAACCACAGGCAUCUUUUGUAUGAGCGCUGGGCCCGCUGGGGGAUCUGGUAUAAAUAUCAGCCUCUGGACCUCAUCAGGCGCUACUUUGGAGAGAAAAUUGGUCUUUACUUUGCGUGGUUGGGUUGGUACACUGGCAUGUUAAUCCCUGCAGCCCUCGUCGGUGUCUUUGUCUUCCUUUAUGGACUUUUCACUAUGGACUCAAGCCAAGUCAGUAAAGAAAUUUGUGAGGCAAACACCACCAUCAUGUGCCCUAUGUGUGAGGAAACCUGUGAGCCGUGGACGCUGAGCGACAGUUGUGUCUACGCAAAGGUGACUCAUCUAUUUGACAACGGUGGAACUGUGUUCUUUGCUAUCUUUAUGGCUAUCUGGGCCACUGUAUUCCUGGAGUUUUGGAAAAGGAGAAGAGCUGAGCUGACGUAUGACUGGGAUCUGAUUGACUGGGAAGAAGAGGAGGAGGAACUGAGGCCUCAGUUUGAGGCCAAGUACUCCAGGAAGGAGAGGGUUAACCCCAUUUCUGGCAAACCGGAACCCUUCCAGCCCUUCUCGGACAAACUGAGCCGCCUCAUGGUGUCUGUAUCUGGAAUAUUCUUCAUGAUUUCCCUGGUUUUAACCGCCGUGUUUGCUGUGGUCGUUUUCCGGCUUAUUGCAAUGGAGAAGUUUGCUUCCUUCAGAUGGCAUUUUGUUAAGAAGAAUUUACAAUUUGCCACAUCAGGCACUGGCGUCUGUCUCAACUUUAUGAUCAUCAUGUCUCUCAAUGUGGUAUAUGAAAAAGUGGCCUAUCUGCUGACUAAUUUAGAGCACCCACGCACAGAGUCUGAAUGGGAGAACAGCUUUGCUCUGAAAAUGUUCUUGUUUCAGUUUGUGAAUUUGAACAGCUCCACCUUUUAUAUUGCCUUUUUCCUUGGAAGGUUUGCUGGCAGGCCUGGAAAAUACAGUAAACUCUUUAAUCGAUGGAGGCUGGAGGAGUGUCAUCCAAGUGGUUGCUUGAUUGAUCUGUGCCUGCAAAUGGGAGUGAUCAUGUUCUUCAAACAGAUCUGGAACAACUUCAUGGAGCUUGGUUAUCCUCUGUUGCAGAACUGGUGGUCCCGUCGAAAGAUCAAGAAAGGGGGUGGUGGUGGGCAGAAUGUAGAGACCCAGCUUCCACAGUGGGACAAAGACUGGAAUCUGCAGCCGAUGAAUGCUCAUGGAUUGGUGGAUGAAUACCUUGAAAUGGUUCUCCAGUUCGGUUUCACCACCAUUUUUGUCGCUGCAUUCCCCCUGGCUCCCCUCCUUGCUCUGCUCAACAACAUCAUUGAAAUCCGACUAGAUGCCUACAAAUUUGUCACUCAGUGGAGGAGACCAAUGCCGGCCAGAGCUACGGAUAUAGGUAUCUGGCAUGGCAUUUUGGAGGGGAUUGGUGUUCUGGCUGUCAUUACCAACGCCUUUGUCAUUGCUAUCACCUCUGACUACAUCCCCCGCUUUGUUUAUGCCUUCAAAUACGGCCCCUGCAUGGACAAGGGCCAGCACCACGAGAACGAGUGCCUGCAAGGCUAUGUGAACAGCAGCCUGUCUGUGUUUGAUAUGUGGGAGGUGAAUAACAGCAGUAUGUCCAGAUACUGCAGGUACAGAGAUUACAGAGCACCCCCCUGGAGCUCGGUACCCUACAAGUUUACCCUGCAGUUCUGGCACGUCCUGGCUGCCAGGUUGGCAUUCAUCAUCGUCUUUGAGCACCUGGUGUUUGGAAUCAAGUCAUUUAUUGCAUACCUCAUUCCUGACAUGCCCAAGGAUCUCUGUGAUCGCAUGAGAAGGGAGAAGUACCUGAUGCAGGAGAUGAUGUAUGAAGCAGAACUUGAACAUCUCCAAAAGGAGAGGAAGAAGAACGGGAGGCAAUAUCACCACGAGUGGCCUUAGCUUUGUCCUCAUGUGUCCUCUACCAGCCGCUUAUGGAUCAGCUCGCAUUAUUGCUUAUUUUGUGUUUCUCAGCUUUGAGAGUCUAGCUUGUCGAUUCUCUGCACCAAAGACAACCUCUUGAGAUCCUCUCCCCCACUGGUCUGGCUUCAGUCCGAGCUCUGACUCAGAGUUCUCCCCGGCCAUCUGUCCCACGUCCUAGUUUCUGCUCCACCCUCCCCGGUAUCUCACCUGGCUGCGUCCACCAAGAUGCUCUCAGCUUUGUGCUGUGUCAUAGCUUCAGCUGGAAAAUAUUUGCAAUUUGUAAUGUUUACUAUGCAGAUCAAGGGCUGCAGAUCACCGCUCACUUUUAUCCCCCACCCCACCCUUGCACUUUGUGUGGCAGCUAGCACUUUGUUUUAAUUCUGCAGCGUUUCAGCCCACAGCAUGGACACAUUUCCUGCCUGACAGCAUCAGCAGAGCUGUUGUCACAGAAACUGUGGCACUAGACUUUUUUUUUUGUUUUUGUUUCUGGUAACAAUAAAACUGACCCUAUUCUUAUAGAGUUACUAUAUAUUGCUGUCGAAGCAUGCUGAUUGAUGUCUGCAGGUGUUUCAUUAGCACAGAAAAAAAAAACUACUUCCACCUCAUCAACCAUGGAGGAUGUUGACAUCCAUCCAGUGCUUUUGAAUAAGAGUUUGCAUGGUAAUGCUGUUUUGUACCUUUUAAAAGACAAAGUCUUGAUGCCGAGUUUACGUGUGUGUGUGUGGGGGGGUGCGUGUGUGUACUCAGUGUGAGCUGUGUGUUAUCUCUGCUUCUGCUGGGUUCGACCGUCUUGAGGAAAUGUAAGCUUUAGUGAAAUAUGAUUGUGCCUACAGUCUAACAAUGUGAUUGCACACCACAGUUGUGUCACCAACAUCAAAUCUGCCCUGUGUUGUGCAGCACGUGAUUUCAAUGCAAGAAAUGUUUUUCUCUGGUCUUACUUACAUCUGAUCUGCUGCAAACUCCCCGAACUCUUUUGUAAGGGUUUCUUUUGGAUGUGGGUCACACCACGAUCUCUACGAAAGUCUGUGGUUUCAGUAAUACGACUCUUGCCAUGAACCAUGUGAACACUCAUCCAGCAACAGUCACAGAUCCGCUCUUUCUUUCUGCUUCUCUGUUUUAUAUUUGCUGCUGGAAGCUCCAAAGUGUGGUUGAAACAGGGGACAUAUUGGAAACUCUUGUGGCUUGGAUGUUUCAAAUGUGCAAAUACCUCCAUCCACUGUCCCUCACUAUACAAAAAUGUAUGCUUCUGUUUUAGUUUUUUAUCAAACACUCAAUCAAGAACAGCCCCCUCUGCCCGCUCCGAUGGAAAGUGUUAUCGUCAGGUUUUGUUGGAUUCAUAUUUAACUGUGAACGUCUUUGUUAAAAGUCAGUCCUAAUGAAUGUGCAAAGUGAAAUUAGGGAAGCUGGAGUUAUGACUGACAUUCAUGUUUGAGACUAAAUCCAAGUCAGGAUAGUUUUUAAGUCCCACUCUGAUCAUCUUCUGAUCUAUUUUCAAAAUGUUCUCAGUAGUCUUUUAAUUAUCAUUAUGUUGUUUUUAACUUAAAAAAAAACUGUUGUUUUCUAGGACAUUGUUUUUGCAGAGCAGCAGUAGUUCUUUAGAAAUUAACCUCUGAGUUGUGGGCGGUACCACUGGCAAGCCUACCCCCUUCCCAUUAUCCAUCUGUUUACACUCUCUCCCAGGAGCUUACAGCCCCUUCUAACCCCAAUCUAACAAAAAAAUGGCAAGCAAUAUUGGAGCUAUCCACAUGUACAGUUUUGAGCCAAAUUCCAACUUAGAUGAGGAAAACGAAGACGUUCAUGGAUCUAUUUGUCUGCGAGAGGAUGCAUCAGAAUGAAGCGGAACAGGGAGCUGAUGGCUUGCCAUAGUAACUUGUACGUCACACUUGCAAGCUUUUUUCCAAUGGCAUUUUUCCAUCUGCUCCUGAUUUCCAACAAUUUGAGUAAAGGAAUACUCAGUAAUGCAAUUUUAAGAUCAAUUUUUAUUAUACAUGUUCUCCAUUUACAGAAAAACGCCACAUGAGAUUGAAAACACCAAAAACACAAUUUUCAUCAGAGUGGGUCUUUAACACUGGAAACAAUCAACACCAAUGAGAGGCUUUUGUGUUUGGUUUAUAGCUGCUGCCCUAAAAACACAACAAAACAACGUUUGAUUGAAAUAUAGAUAAAUGUAAACAAAAUGUUGAAAAAUGACAUUACAAUGAAUGCACAAUGUUUACCGUAUUUGGAUGUGUGUUUUCUGCUUUAAACUGAUUUUUUUUCUACUUGUGUUACAUGUAAAUGUCAAAGUAACACCCACAUUUCUCAGGUGUCCUUGGAAGGUUUAAAAAUAAUCAACUUUUUAUCAUAUUUUCUAAGAGGCUAAAAAUGAUCCUGCUUAUUUUAGAUAGACACUUUUGCACUGUUGUGCUUUUGCAUGACUUAUAGUUACACCCACACAAAAAAAAGCAUGGUUGACACGUUAUGUAGUUUUUUGAAUCAAUGCAGUUACCAUAUUAGAGAUCAGAAACUCCUGCUGUAAACACAUGCUGCACGCUGUAAGCUGCAGGUUGUCAAACGCCUCUUUGUGCUCGUUUUCAGUUUAUCGACUCAUCAUCUGUUUCAACAGGGGCAGGCAAUUUCAUCCCUUGUUAUGUGAACAAUGAAAACCUAUGCAUGCUGUUAUCCUGGAGUGCUUUUUCAUUUUGAACAGAUGCAGCUGUUAAUGUAUUGGUACAUUUGUACUGUAGAGUAUGCAUGUCCUAACACCUGCUUUUGACUAAAAUAACUUUUGUAAAGUUGUUAACAUCAUCUCAAAACAUAUCACACAUGGCUAAUUUUUUCCUGUAAUGUUUAGAUUUGAAAGUGGGCUUAUGGUGGGUUGAUUGAUCAAGCAGUAUACUUUAUACUGUUGAAAUACUUUCUUUAAAGCUUCACAAGAAAGCAUUCGUUUGGUACGUUUGUUCACAAGUCCAAACGUGGCAAUGCACAUCCAGCUUUUACCUGACAUGUUAAGAUUAACAAAUAUCAGCCAUUUUAUGUUGCAAAGUCCAGCCCUGUUUUGUUAUAUAUCAAAACCCUGUAAGUUGAGUAAUAUGGAAAACUUGUCGGCACACCACGUUAUUAAUAUGUUUUUAUGGAGAAAAGCCUUUAAAAAUAGUCAGACGUUUUUGCUUUUUCAGUUUUCUAAAAGUCUUUUCUGUCCCUCACAUUUAAAAUGGUUUAUGUAUGUAAUUAUUUACCUUUUGAAUGAAUUCAGAGAAAAUUGAAACUGUCCUAUUCGGCAAAAACAGUGCUCUGACCAACUUAAAUUUGACUUAAAAAGUGGACAUAAAUAUAAAAAGCCGGUGUGAUUCAAUCAUUUAAAAAAAACAACUUCAAGACAUUCUUUAGAAAACCUGAAAAAUGAUUAUUAAAGAAUGCUUUAAGAGAUUACAAUAAGGUUUGAUUUUUCUGCGAGUAACUUCUUGAACUUUUUAGAGCAAAAAUGUUUUUUUUAUAUUGCCUGUCAUGAGGCUGUAUUACCUCAGCAGAUUAACCUCAUCCCUCCUGGAAUUUGAUCCAUAAACUUCUGUUAAAAAGAUAUUUUACCAAUAAGAGCUGAGAUCUUUAACCUAACUCAAAAGACUUUUUGUGAGGAAUGAAUGAUUAAAGGACUUUGGGUGUCUAAGCUGAUCCAUUUUUCUCAUUAUUUCUUGAUUUGAUCUUCAUUAGUACCAUCAUCGUACUAAUACUAAGGCAGCACAGUAGUGGGAUCAAGUUUUUGUGCUUUCUGGCAAUAGUGCAUAGGAUUGACACUACUAUUGAUAAUGACCUUGUGCAUAUCAGAGAGUAUAGCUGUCUGGGGGGGGGGGGGGGGGUAGUUUUCAGUUGUAUGUCAUGCUAACUAAUAGGAUUGUAGGCAACCUUAAUGUGGGAGCACAGUGGCUUCAGCACAUACAUUUAACUGAAUAUUAAGAUAUCAGUCAUGACAUAAACUAUCAAUUGCAUUGUUUACUUAAAUCCUGUUUACAUGUUUAAACACUGAAAUGUAUGCAUAUAUAGUAACUGAAUUUAUUUGGAUAUCCCUCUUUUCUGUAAUAAAUCAUGGAUUGUAUCUUUUAAAGUAAA